GAGAAGGGCGUUAGGAAAAAGCAAGGGAAGAAAUGGAGAGCAUAGUGAUUGAGAGAAGGAAGUGGAAGAAUCUGAAACAAAGGCUGGGUUUGAAGUUCAUGGCCAUGGCUGCUGCGGAGCCACCUGGAAUCCCAGACCCAGAAUUUCAACCAUUUCUAUCCUCGAUGAAGAUGAUCAAACGCCGCCUCCAACGCAGCAACUCACUUCCAGAUUCAACGGCUUUAACAGCGCCACCGUCCCGCUGUUGGUUGGCCGCCUAAAACGGCGGCAGAAUCAAGCAAUGCACACCACCAACACCACCAUCAGUACAUCAGCCACAGGGAUGAACUUGGCAAUGGCGCUGGCAGCCGAGCGUAAUUUGCGGGAUGACAACGACAACGUGGGACCCAGUCCGACGGAUCAGGUAAAGACGUUGAUGAGAUUCAUCGAAGAAACGGAGGGUGUAGAUUGGAUACAACAACAGAAGAAGCAAAGGAAUGAUCAGAUAUGGAAGAGGUUUUGUGCGGAGACAAUUACAGAGAUCAUCAUUCUUCUAGACAAUUGGAAAUACAUUCUUGCCGGAGUCAUUUUUCAGUAUUUUCAUGGUCUAGCUGCUCGAGGAGUUCAUUAUCUGCACCGUCCGGGGCCAACGCUUCAGGAUCUUGGCUUCUUUCUUCUUCCCGAGCUUGGGCAAGAUAAAUCCUACAUCAGCGAGACAGUGUUCAGCUUCGUCUUUCUAUCAUUUUUCUUGUGGACUUUCCAUCCUUUUGUCUUCAAGGUCAAAAAGUUCUAUACAGUUCUAAUUUGGUGCAGGGUGCUAGCAUUUUUAGUUGCUUCUCAGACUCUCCGAAUCUUCUCUCAUUCUAUUCUAUUGUCGAACGGUAUAUCGCUUCCAGGUCCUAAUUAUCAUUGUCGAACGGGUUCAAAGCUUGCCAGAUUGCCAGAACCGGAUGGUGUGCUAGAAGUCCUCUUAAUCAAUUUUCCUCAAGGUUUAAUAUAUUUGUGGUGA